AUGCCGCUGUUUUUAGUCUCGGUUAUUAAAUGUUCAACGCAUGGGGAGGCGUUUGCAAGCUCGGUGGAAGCUUUCCUUGCAGAAGUGAGCCUGAAGACGGCUUUGGCACUACCGUGCUGGGUUACAGCUCCUCUGUCCGACCCUGCCCUGCCGUCAGCCUGGGCGAAAGCGGAGGCUCUCUGUGUGCUCACGGGCUGCGUCUCUCUUGCAGGGCCGAGGACCGUAAACAAUAUCUUCCGCAACCUCUGCUCCGCUGUGGAGCGUUGCGUUUCUUACGAAGAAUUCAAAGACUUAAAAAAAAACAAUAUCAUCCACAUAGAUGUCCGGGAAAGGUGGGAGAUUGACAGAUUUGGAAAAAUCCCGGAGUCCAUCAACAUACCUUUGAGCGAAUUAGUGGAAGCUCUACAAAUGAGCCCGGGGGACUUCAAGGAACAGUACAAUCAAAAGAUGCCUGCCAAGUCAGACCGUGUGGUUUUCACCUGCUUGGCAGGAGUAAGAAGUAAACAAGCAUUGGAUUUUGCCAUGUCCCUGGGUUUCAGCAGAGUUCAACACUAUGCUGGUGGCUUUGAGGAGUGGGCAAAACAUGAACCUCCAGAGAAAAAAUGAAGGUGACCACUGCCAACCCCUUUCCCACCAAGGCUUCAGGAUGCUUUGUAGGUUUUAACAUUCAGAUUGUGUGGAUUCUACUUCCAGAAUACAGCCCUCUCCUGUUUUCUUUUGUAAUUGGAUGUGUACCUUUAAGUAGCCAUGCAUGUUAACUGGUUGGUGUAAAUCAAAUCUGAGGACUACGAUUUGAACAGAGAAUGUUACGUUUGUUCAACAUUUACUGUGGGCUAUGUUCUUCACUGGAACUAUGCGAAGACAACUUUAAUGGUUAUGAUGUUUACUAGCAUUUUUGUGUAAUGUGGUUUAUGUCUGUUUAAACAAAUGGUGAUAAUACUUUCUUAUAAACUUACACUUUCCUAA